AUGCUGGCGACGAGCACCCGCCUCCUCUCUGCGCUGCUGAACCACCGGCAGUCGUCAGAUUGGUUCCAGAGCUUCGGGCAAGAGGAAGCGGGUGUCACGAAGCCCGAGGUGAAGGUCAAGGAGGAGAAGCAAGGCUCCAAAGAGGCCCGGAGAGCCAUGAUCGAGAAGAGCACAGUCUUCGAAGCCUUGAUGUCGCACAUCCAGAAUGCUUUGGAGACCCCGGCCCUUCAAUCGGCUGCCUUGCAGCUCCUCCGCCGAGUCUUGCUGAGAAACAGAGUGCUCAACGCCGCUGUGUACGAGUGCAUGGAUGCCAUCGGUGACAUCAUGAUCACUGGCUCCGACAAACGCACUGCGCAGCAAUGUGCCCAGAUCUUUGUCGACUUUAUGCUGGACUAUCCGCACGAGCACAAGGCAAUGCAGCUCCGCAUCACACACCUGCUCAAGAACUUGGGCUAUGCGGAGGAGGGUGGCCGCCGGGCUGCUUUGAACUGCCUCUAUCUCGUGGUUCUCCAUUUCCCUGAGGUGGAGCUGUCGACGAAAUGGGGCAGUUUGAUCUUUGCUGCAACAGCAGCACGCCUUCCACAGGAAAGUGAUCCGACAGCCCACCAGAUGCUUCAUGUGCUUAUCCGCACGUUGCUGGGCCGGCUCAACCCUUCGAGCCGCGAUCGGCUGCUGGAUUUGGCACUCAAGUGGCGAGCACAUCCUUCUCUGCUGGCAGAAUGCUUGGGGCUUUUCGUGGAGGCGGGGUCCGGCCUCACCGAGUCCGCACAGGAGCCCCUCUUGACUGCAGCUUUGCCGGCCCUGGGCGAGGUGCUCAAGAAAGCCGAGGCCAGUGGCGAGGAUCCGAAUGGUGGAAGCCAGACGCCAUGGCAAGUCCCCUAUGCGGUCGCGAAGAGCCUUGAACGUGUUCUUGGCUCGGCACCGCAGGCUUUGCUCGGACGCCUCCUCGAGCGCAGCCUCGCGGAGGGAGCCGCCGAUGCCACGGCGUUCAAGCUUCUGUGGACGUUCCUGUUGGGCCCCGACGCCUUUGCCUCCGAACGUCAUCCUUGGGUAGUUGCGGUCACCCUACGAUGCUUAGACUCGCAGACAGCAAAGUGGCGCUCGGCUUCACUGCCCAGGACGUGGCUGUCUGGAGAGGUCACGGCACGAGGCCUUCUUCGUGCCCUCGAGGCUUUGCUUCUCUCGGAACGUCUCGAGCACGAGGUGACCCUGGCGCCCCUGGCGGUGAAGGCCUUUCGGGGCCUCGCCCUGCUGCUCCUUGAGGAGCCUUCCUUGGUGCCAGAGGCCAGCAAGGACGAGGAGAACGAGGCCGAGGAUGUCGAGCAGGAGGAGGAAGGCGAGGAGGAGAAGGGGGCCGAGGUCCCAACGGCCGAAUUGCAUGGCAAGGAAGAGGCCCAGGCGCCGGCUACUUUGCCUGAGGAGGCCACUCCCAUGUCAAUGGAGAAGGAGACUGCACCGCUCGAUGAACCGCCGAAGGAGGAGAACCUCGAGGAUCCCGCUGCAGAGCCAUCCAAGGCGCCUAGCCCGCUGGAGGAGGAGGAGGCCGCACCCAAAGAUGAAGCCUUGGAGGAGCCGGACGGUGGUCGUCAGGGCACCCUCUUCGACGCCAUGCCGGAGCCGAAGGAGGCAGACCCGGGCGCGGCGCGCGUGCUCGGGGACAUGCCGCUGGUGGAUCGGCUGCGCCGGAGCGGAGUGCGCGGCUCUCUGGUGCGACUGUCCCAUCAGAUCCAAGCCUUCCAGGCCGACCCGACCCAACACUACGUUCGGCUCGUCUCUUGGCUCCGUUUCUCCGCUUCGAUGGCGGAGCAGCUGCCAGCCGACGUCCUCGAGGCCCUUCUGCGGCCUCUUUUGGCCCCGGCUUAUCGCUGUAGCACCGCCUUCCGAAGCUCUGGAAAGCUUCCGGACAUCGUCACGCUGGACCAGGCGCUGCAGCUUGAUGCGAAGCGCCGCCGGGAGUAUCUUGCGGAGCUCGGGCA